UUUUGCAUUAAAAUAAAAUAAAAAUGAUGUCUUGCGCUGGGUUUUUAAAAGCUUUUGCUAACAAAAUCUUUAGGUUUAGAGGUGGUUUUGGGCCAUUGUUAAGUAAGAUUUGUCAUUUUGCAGGGGCCGCGGUGCUCAACAAACACAUAGACCACCGGAACCUGUUCACGCAGAGAAUGUGCUGCAGGCGGCAGAGUCACUUUGUCUACAUUGGUCAAGACAUUUCAGGCAGUCCCAUUAGCGCGGACGUGGGCAUGUGCAGGCCUCACUGUGUAGGGGCAGCAGCCAGGCCGCCCAACGAGGCGGGAGCACAAGACUAUGCACAACACGCAUCCAUGCUGGAGUUCCUCAGGAGCAAAAAACUGAGGAUGCGCGGACCCACCGCCCCUGAAGACGUUCAGCCGCAGAAAGCGUCACUGCCCUCGUGCGGCACGAACCACGCGUGCCAGCCGACGGGCAUGCGCGUGGACCGGGUGCUCCUGUUUGAGGGCCCCCGUGAGGUGGAGGUGAUCCAGGAGUGUCACUGCGAGAUCCAGCCGGGUCAGUGCAUUCGCGUGCCCUCACUGAGGACCUUCUACUCGGAGACACCCUACGAGAGCGUGGUGGAUGUGGGUGGGUGCUCGCGGUCCAAGGGCGCUCCAGAGGGAUUCUCCUGCAUCCCCACCAAAUUCGACUCGGCCCUGGUGGAGACCCCCAACAAAGUGGAUGUGAUCCAGACGGUGGCAGCCUGCGAGCUGAAGGAGAGCUGCUACAGGGUCCCUUACGUGGAGUAUUACUACGAAAUCGUGCACCACGGCGACGGCGUCAAAGAGGAGAGACUCAGGGAAGUGGACGUGGGCAGAUGUUUGGGAGGCUGCACCACAGGAAACCGAUGCCUUCUCAGGAGUCCAUCGGACUCCGAAAUCUGCCACUUGUGGGCCGAGAAACAAUCCAGCUCGUGUGUGCCUCAGGGAUACGAGCGCCACCGCUUCCUUAGCCAGCACGGCAAGAUUAGCACCAUCCUGUCCAUCACUUCCUGCCACUGCCCAAAUUGAACACCCACAAGCAAACAGAGCCCUCUCCUGGAUAGAACUGCACAUGACAUGGUUGCCAAACCACCCCUUAAAAUAUUAUUGUAUGAUAUGUAACAUAUGUAAAAAAAGUCAUAAUUUUUGUAAAUAAAUUUAAUACUGAAAUAGAUGUGCCAACGUUUGUCUAUAAAGGGACCUUGUACGGUAUACGUGAGUGGAUACAGUGCUUAACAAAUAGCAUUUGCCUCCCUGUUAUUAAGAGAGCUUCCAGCUUCAUGAUUUGCUUUAAUGCAGACUCUUUCAGUUUGAGCUUGCUCGCUACGUUGUUACCAUUUUGAACAGAAAUGAGCAAUUUCAAACUUAAUUUGUCUGUUCAGGAACGCAAGUAAAUACGGUAACUAUAAUUUGACAUCUGAAUGGAGAAAAUGUUAUUCCAUUUUUUUGCAGCAAGUCUAUUUGACAAAUCACAAUAGUAUUAAUAAUAUUAAAGCUGUAAGAAGCAAUGAACGGACUCCGGCACCCCCUCUAAAAACAUGAUCUAACUUUGACAUCAUGCUCUGUCCACUUUAGGUGGCGGAGCCAAAUAAGCUUCACCAUUUACCAUCGCCCAUCAGUAUAGAACAGGGAUUCUCAAAGUGUGGUACGAACACCGUUGCUGGUACGCGGGCUCCCUCCGGUGGUAUGCAAAAAAAGUA